UGCUCGUGGUGUCAAUUGUCGGUUUGAUUUUCCGACGAUUUUUUUUGUGAUUUAACUGUUUUGCAGCAUGACAGAGACUCAACAGAAGACUAAGUGCAUUACUUUGAAAGGUUCUGCCGAGUUGGUCACGCAAUAUCUGCGCUAUGGGGUCAAUAGUAUACUCUAUCAAAGAGGGAUAUAUCCACCAGAGACUUUCACGCCCUCCGAACAUUUUGGUUUAUUCAUCUUCACAUCCACGGAUGAAAAGAUCACGUCCUUCUUAAAUACUGUGCUGGGACAAAUUGAAGAAUGGCUCGUCCAGCGUAAGGUGCAUAAAAUCACGCUUGUUAUAACAAACGUCAAUACAAAAGAAGUGCUAGAAAAGUGGGAUUUCAAGGUUGAUUACGAAGAUCAGAAGAUGAAUGGAAUAGAUAGUACAAUGAAGGGUGAUUUGCUUGAAGUAGGGACGAAAGAUGUAAAAACUAUACAGAAAGAAAUACGCGAAGUAAUACGUCAGAUCACAGGUACUGUGAGCUUCUUGCCACUCUUGGAUUGUUUGUGUUCCUUUGAUAUACUUAUAUAUACAGUACCUGACUGUAACAUUCCCAACCAGUGGGACGAAACUCAGCCAGUUUUUAUUGCAAAUAGUCAAGAGGUACAACUUAGAUCAUUUUCAACUUCUUUACAUAAAAUGGAUACUGUAGUUAGUUACAAAAAUACCUGAGCCUAUAUUUAUCUUUUUAUAUGUAAUGUUUGUAAAUACA